AUGUGGAGCGGACUGUUACCUCCAGGGCUGAAUGAAAGUGAUGUUGACUUAAGUUCUGAUGAUGGAGACGAAUCGCAUGGUUCCUUUUCAAAGGAAGAUGCAAAACAAGAUAUUGAAAGAGUUCAGCUUUCUGAAUUCCAGGAGAAUGGACCUGAGAGUAAUGCCAUCAGUGAACCCAUUGUAGUAGCAGUGACAGAUGGAGAAAAUGAAUCUCGAACAUGCCCUUCUGGAGUUUCUUUAAAUAUGUGGAAUAAAUUUGUGGAGCUUCAGAAGAAAAACCGUGAAAUGAAAGCCCAAGCAAAACAGGCAAACAAAGGCCGAAAAAGAAAGCGCCACAGAAAAGAAAAACAGAAAAAGAACGAUGAAGUGACUAAGAGUAGUCAACAGUUGGCACAUGAAGACAAAUGGAAAGAACUUACACAAUACUUUGGAAUCAAUGAUAGAUUUGAAUCACCUGUGGAUAGCAGGGCUCCACAAAAGUCUGGCCUUGAACUUAGCAUAGAGAAGUCUGUGGCUGAAGGUGACAUUGAUAAGGCUGAGGAGCUGAGUGAUAGAUUAGCCAUUCGUGAG